UCUAUCUAAUCUCUCUAUCGCCAUUUUUGCUUCUUCACUUCUUUGUUUGCUUCUGCAAACUUCUCCAUUGACUAGGUUAAGCUUUCUCUCUCUCUUUGUAAAAUCUCUUCCAAGCUUCAAUUUCUUGUUACUUUCUUUGUAGCUUUCCAUAAGUUCUACCGACGAAUCCUUCAUGUCGUUUCGUCUUCCUCUUCAAAAUUUCCAAAAUAUUUCUAUAGUUUCUGCUAUGCGAGUAUAUGCUUAAGGUUUGGGAUUGAGUAGAUUAAGCUCUGGGGUAUUUUUUUUUAUGGGUGGUUAGUGAAAUUGUUUUGAGGAUAUAGAAGCUUACAGUUUUGUCUAAAAAUGGAAGCUGAGGAUGUGACUGACCUGCCAGCUUCAAAUAAUUCUGGUUUGGAAGUACAGAAAAAUGGCCUUGAAUCUGGGAAUGGGUCACCUGAGGCUAAUCCUUUAGUUGGUAAUGAUGAGAACGUGACAGGAAAUGUAGAUAUGGAGAAAGAUUUGGAUUUGAGAGAAGAGAAUUUGAGAACUGUGGGUGUGGGUGGCCAGGAGUCUGGGGAAAUAUUAACAGAGCAGGUUAGUGACGGUUUCAAUGUAAGUGUUGAAAGUGUGGUGGUAGAUGAGAAAGUGGGUAUUCCAAAAGAGACACUAUCUCACAGUGCCACUUUGGAUGUUAGCUCAGCUAAAUCAGGUGUUAAAAGACCCCGAACAUCAUCUGACGAACAACAGCCUACUGUCCAUGUUACUUAUAAACACUUGACAAGAGAUAGUAAGCAGAAGCUGGAAAGUUUACUACAGCAAUGGUCAGAAUGGGAGGCUGAACACACGUCCUCGGCUCAGAAUCAAGAACAGCCAUUAGAAUCUGGUGAAGAGACAUAUUUUCCCGCCUUACGUGUUGGAUUGCAGAAGACUUCAUCUGUGUCAUACUGGAUCGAUAACCAAACUGGUCCGAAGCAGUUAGAACAGUUCAUUUUAGUGGAAAGUAGCAGCACUCCUCUUUAUGACCGUAAAUUUGCAAUUGGUUUAGCAGAUGGCUCAAGAAACUUGGAAGGAGGAUUGGAGAUUAUUGAUGAUGACCCUCCACGUUGCUUCAAUUGUGGUGGCUAUAGUCAUUCCCUAAGAGAAUGUCCAAAGCCUUUUGAUCGAUUAGCGGUUAACAGUGCCCGGAAGCUUCAGAAAUCUAAACGAAAUCAGAGUAGUAGUGGUCCCCGUCUACCAUCAAGAUAUUAUCAAAAAGCUCAAACUGGAAAGUACGAUGGCUUGAAACCUGGCACACUUGAUGCAGAGACACGCCAGCUUCUGAAUCUUGGGGAACUAGAUCCACCUCCUUGGCUUAACAGAAUGCGAGAGAUUGGGUACCCUCCAGGUUACUUAGCUCCAGAAGAUGACCAUAUGUCUGGAAUCACUAUAUUUGGAGAAGAGGUGGAGAAUCGGGAGGAAAUGGAGAGUGAGGAUGGGGAAAUUUUGGAAAAAGCACCCCCUCCAGAGCCACAAUUGAAAAAGACAGUCGAGUUUCCAGGAAUUAACGCUCCCUUGCCAGAAAACGCAGAUGAGUGGCUUUGGGAAGCUGCUCCUUCACAUAGGAACAACAACAGAAGCGGUCGAUGGCAACAAAGAACAAGCAGAGGAAAUGAUUACAGAGAUGAUGGUCCGCUUGGUGUUGAAUCAUCUAGUUAUCCUCCAAGGUAUGGCAGUAGAUAUGAUUACGGGUAUGGUUCAAAAGAUUAUAGCUCUAGAUCAAGAAGCCCGGGGUUAGAUAGAUCUGGAUCCGAAAGAAGUAAGAGGGAUUAUUCUUCUUAUGAUGCUGAUUUCCGAGAGAGAGAUAGAGACAGGAACAGGGAUAGGGACAGAGACUGGGACAGGGAUAGAGACUGGGACAGGGACUGGGACAGGGACAGGGACAGGGACAGGGACGAUCGUGAUUGGUCUUAUAGAUUAAGCAGCAGAAGAUGAAAUUGUGAGAUUGUUAGCUGUGUGUAUGUGUAUGGUUAGGGUUUCCUUUUCUACGCUCUCUAAGUGGGAUUUUGUUGUUGUAUUCAUGUCCAUGAAAGUGGAAGCUUUUUACAAGUUAUCAGACUUUUUCUUGGCGGUUAUUAUACGUUUAGAUUUA